AUGAUCAACAAUUUUCCGCUUCUUUCCGCGUGCGUUAUCAUCUUGGCGGCAGUGUUUCCGCGCGGCACCGACGCGUUCUUCUGCGUCGAUUCGGCGAAAGGAUGGUGUGAGACGAACGAUAUGUGGGGGUACUGUAUGCUGAAUAAGACGGUUGGCAGUUGGCAAUGCGAUUCGGGAGAGACUUGCGGGAAAAAGGUGAGUUUGCGGAGGGUUUUGGGUCCCGCAGCGAUUUCUGAGCAAAACUAGAGUGUUUUUUGAGAUCCUCACGAAAUUUGGAUCAGUUAAAGUAUGAACAUGAUUUAUUUUAGAGAAGUUUGAAAAUUUUUGUGGUGGGACCAUCAUGUUUUGGGUCCCACAGCGAUUUUCUACCGUAACCAAUAUUCCCUCAAGCUUCCUCUUGAAAUUUGGAGCAGUUAGAGUAUAAACACGAUAUAUUUUGAAGCAUGUUCAAAAUUUUCGUGGCGGGACCCUACAGUACCCCAAAAGUUUGAAAAUCACCACUGCACCUUUAAAAACACACGUUUCUGGGUCAAUUUUCGACGCUGAAUCUGAAUUUCAACAUCCCAAGUCACGAAAAUCAGUUCUAGAGAAAAAGGUGACCCCCCCUUGUUUAGUCCAGAGGGGGGUCACCAAAAAAUCUCAAAACAUAGCCUGCGCCUUUAAAAUUCAUGUUUUCAAGUCAGUUUUUCACGCUGAAUUCGAAUUUUCACAUCUCAAUUUUUCCAGGACGCCAUAAAAAAUCGAAAAGUCAACGGAUGUACCAAGGACUUGUGUUGUUGUAAUACAGGAGAUGGAUGUAGUUUGGCGUUUAUCAAGUUGGCCGAAGAACACGGUCAAAAAUGUUUGAAUCAAAAUGAGGCGCCGAAUUCGGAUCCCGAACAUUUUCGCGAUUGUGACGAUCCGUAUUGUUAUAGUUUUUUGGUGUCGGUGAGUUUUUGGGUGGGCUGUGAGCAAAAAAUGCACAAAAUGUGGUCUGGAUUACUGAUUUUCAGCAAAUUUUUCAUUUUUCUGAUUUUUGCUGAAAAAAUGGGCUUAAAAUCAUCAGCCGGAACAAUUUUUCUGAUUUUUGAAUUUCAAAAUUUCAAUAAUAAUAAUUUUUCUCAAGAAAAUUUUUUAUAUGAUGACGUGGCAGUUUAGAUUUCAGCGCGAAGUUUUGAAUUUUGAAUCACGCGCCCAAACAAUUUUUCAAUUUUUUUCCAAACUUAUGACGUGGCAUUUCCGAAAAUCAUUUCAAUAAUUACAUUUUGAACUAGAUCAUUUCUGGCGCCAAAAUCAAGAUUUAAAAAUUUUUUCGCUAAAAAUCUAGCCUAACCUUAUAGGUUAGGCUAGAUUUUCACGAACGAAAAAAAUGUUAAAAAAUGUUUUUUAACAUUGAAAGAUCAAUUCACGAAAAGUGAAAAAAUGUCGAAAAAACAUUGUAGGUCAAAAUUAGUUUUUCGAGUUUUUCAGCCAAAAAUGAUGACAAAUCGAUAUUUUUCAAGCUUCUGGAGUAAUUUCUAAUGAAAAUAAGCUUUGAGAACCCUAUUUUGCUUUAUUUUAUGAAUUUUUUCGAAAUUCAUCCAAAUUUAAAAUUUUUUAUUUUACGAAAAAUCAGCAAAACCUUCUGGAAAGUGAAUUUCACGGUCAAUUUUCAUCAGAAAUUACUCCAGAAGCUUGAAAAAUAUCGAAUUGUCAUCAUUUUUGGCUGAAAAACUCGAAAAACUAAUGUUUUUUCGACGUUUUUUGACUUUUCGUGAAUUGAAUUUUCAAUGUUAAAAACACAUUUUUUAACAUUUUUUUCCUUCGUGAAUCAGCCCUAAAAAUCCCCAAAUCCAAAUUGGCAGGAAGAAGAAGGUGGUCAAACAACAGCAUCCCGUGGCUGUUAUCAUCGUUCCCUUCUCAAACAUCAAAUGUUCCUCAAAGAGGACAAAAACUAUCAGAACAACACGAAAUGGAAAGAGACCGAGCGGCUAUUCUCGAUUCCGACUUGUCAAGAAAUUCUGAGCCAAACCGAGAAAUCCGCCGGCAAUUCGAAUUCGAGUUCCGUCUCGCAAUGCGUUGAUUUCAGUUGGGAGCAGCUGGAAGAUCCCGAAGAUCCGACAUCCGAUCAAAUUCCGAUGAAGGGAAGAUUGUGUUGUUGUGAGGGUGGAGCGUUGUGUAAUUCGAAUCAUGGUUGGGCGGAUAAUGGGGUUAGCUUGGUGAGUUUGGGGAGGGGGGGGUUAGGCUUAGGCUUACGAUAAGGCCAAUCUUAAAAUUCAGGCUUUAGGCUUUAGGCUUAGGCUCAAUUAGGCUUAACAUUAAUUCAAAGCUUUCGUUAGAUUUAAUUUAAAUCUAGGUUUAGGCUUAACAACUAAAAAAAAAUUUUCUAUAAAAAAAUUUAAAAAAAUUUUUUUUUUUAAUAAAAAAAUUUAAAAUUUUUUUUUUAAAUAAAAAAAUUUUAAAUUUUUUUUUGAAUAAAAAAAUUUAAAUUGUUUUUUUCAAUAAAAAUUUUUUUUUUGGGCUUCAGCCUCUAGGACUUUUAGGCUUAGGCUUAUUAUUAAUUCAAGGCUUUUGAUCAAUUUUAGGAUUUUUAAUUUUCAGGCCUAGGCUCCGAUUUAGGCUUAAGCUUAGCAAUUUAGAAGAGGGUUUAGGCUAGUCCUAAGGUAAGUCUGUAGACAAAGAUUUAGGCUAAGAUUCAGGGCUGUAGGCUUUAAAAAUAAGAGAUUCUGGAUUCUAUAGGCUUAGGUUUAGAUUUAGGCGUCACUAGAAAAUUAGAAAAAAAAAUUUAAAAAAAAAAUUAAAAUAAAAAAAAAAAAAAAAAAUUUUUUUUUAAUUAAAAAAAAAAUAUUUGAAGAAAAUUAGGCCUAGGCCUAGGCUUAGGCUUAUGCUUUUGAAUCAAACAAUUUCGCACUGGGGUUAGGUUUUUAGGCUUAGAUUUAGGCCUAAGGCUAAAAUUAGGUCUAAUUUGAUACAAUAGGCUUUUAGGCUCAUAAUUAGGCUACUUUAGGCUUGAUCAGGCUUUCCAGGCUUCCCACUCCAAUUUUUUUUUUCUCCAGCCCGAAUUGCAACAAAUGAUCCAAGAUUCCAAAUCCAACAGUACCCCAUUUGCCACGUCAUCAACUACAGUACUCUUCGUCUUUUUCCUAGCAUGCACCUUUAAAUUUUUCUAG